CAGACGGAGGGAAACAAGUAGCAGACGCGAUGUAGAAAAUGGCGGACUUAGUGGCGAACACUCAAUAUGGUCUGUCGAGUAGCGCCCAUUCAUGCCCAGAUAAGACCGCUUUGCUGCUCAAACUCACAGAUUCUUCACUCAAGGCAAUCGAACGAUACCAAAAAGCAAAGGGGAACAUUCGCAAGACACCUAAAAUCCAUUUCAAAGGAAACAAAGGGAUCAUUACAAUACCAGUGAGAGAAAGCGGCGACAAUACCGAAGGAUUCCGUGAUUUCAAAUUUACCGUACAACCCAAUUCGGUACCGGCUGGCAGCAGCUAUGAGUGCAUACAGCAAUUUACAAACAGUAAGGGUAUACCCCAUCUGGACUCCAUCAGCUGCAUCAAGACUAAGGUCAUCGUCAGCGCAACGGAUGAUGUCUAUCAAACCACACAGGAGAAAAUGAAACUGGCUGAUGAAGAGCUAAAGAAGACCAGCACUAAGGAGGUCAGUCAAAAAGAGAUCAAGGCAACCCGCAAGAUCAAGAAAAUCACAAAACGACCGGGUCAGAUUUCCCUGAGUAAGCCGUCUAUUACGCCCAAGAGCCAACCAACCAAUACAGCAAGUGCAAUAAGCUGGAGUAAUGGUACCAAAGCGCCGACUAGUAGUCGGGUAUCGCAUGUUCCGCCCAAAGGAGCUACGACCACCAAACCAGCUGUAUCAAAUAGAUCGUAUAGGGACCGUGUUAUACAUCUGUUAGCGUUGAGAUCUUACAAGAAGCCUGAACUCAUCCUAAGACUUCAGAGAGACGGCAUUGUUAUGAAGGAUAAGAAUCAACUCAGUAGCACCUUAUCACAGGUUGCAACAUUAUCAAGAGACAACGCCUACACACUGAAUAAACAUUUAUACGAUGAAGUACAGGAGGAUUGGCCAUUGUACAGUGAAGCCGAUAGGUCACUAGUGACAAAGAAUCUAAGACAUUUAAAUCCUAAAGAACAUUCCUCAUCUGUCACUGCUAUGUCUGUCUCCUUAUCAACGUCAUCAUCAUCGUCUUCAACAUCGUCUUCAAAAUCGUCUUCAAAAUCAUCGCUGUCGUCAAAACCGCCGUCGUCGAAGACGCCUUCGUCAAAAACACCGUCUUCAAAACCGCCCUCGUCGAAACCGCCCUCGUCGAAAUCAUCACUCUCAAGAAUACCCUCCAAAGACUUUCCCAAGCCAAACCCUGUACCAACGGUGGACACCAUGCGGACUGUGCAAAUUGCCGCCGAGAAAUUUAAAAAAGCCAAAACUGCGAACAAGAGACCGCUCUUGCCAGAUGUUGUUGACUUCAAGGCCCCAAAGAAGACCCGGAUCGCCCACAAUGCCAAAAAACAGAGCCCUACCGGUGACGGGUCCUCCGCGUCUUGUUCCCCGCCUUCAAAGUACGAUGUCAGCAGUACGACCAAGCAAUCACCCGACCAUCUCGUCUCCAGUCCUCCCAGUAUUAAACCAGUGGAGAAGGAGAAGAAGAAGCGUCAAGAACCCGAGACGAGGUCAAAGGUCAUAGAGUCUGUCGGGAAACUUUCACCGCCGAGCGAUGUAUCGUCAACGUCCAACGGACCAGAUUACCUAAACAAAUUCACAACAAUCGCCUCCCACGAGCAGAAACAGCGCUACAAAGAUGUGUUCAAUCGGGACUACCCUGAGUAUAAGAAGAUGCAUUCCUACGUGGAGGGAGUCACUCUCAAGUUUACCAAGCUGAAAGAACAACUCCAUAAUGCGUCGGAAGACAGCGAAGAAUAUCAGCAGAUCAAGCUCAAAGUUCUAGAGGAAUAUACAAUUAUUCAGGCGGACAAAGAUUAUCUCAAGAAAGAGUCGAGAUGGCGUGAGCUCCACGAGAAAUUAGCGCAUGUCAAGAGUUUGAUAGCAGCCUACGAUAAUUCUAGACAACACGGAACAACGACAUAGGACUCGGAAUGAAACCAGUAUUCCACAGUGUGCUCAGAUCACAACAGUAAAAUCACAUCAUGAGACGAGGGUAAUACCUUUUGAAUCUAUUUAAAUAUUUAAAGCAAUUCCUUUCAAAAUGAAAUGAAAACCUAGAAACUUUUAAAGUUGUUGCUUGACAGUAAAGUUAGUUUGAUAUUGGACAUUGGACAUUCACAUAGGUUUGCACAGCCAAUGUCUAGUUUGCUAUUUCCAUUGCUGUACAAUCCUGUGCGAAUGUCUAAUGUCCAAUAUCAAAAAUAAAAAAAAGUAGACAUUCGCUGUAUAAACCUAUGUGAAUGUCCACUAUCAAAAUAAUAAGUAGACAUUCGCUGCAUAAAUCUAAGUGAAUGUCCAAUAUCAAAAUAAUAAGUAGACAUUCACUGCAUAAACCUAUGUGAAUAUCCAAUGUCCAAUAUCAAACUGACUUUACUGUCACUGUUUAUUGAUCAUGUCUUACUUCACAAGAAAGGAAUUUUUUAUAUUUUCAAACUGUAUUUUUGGUUCAAGACGCUAUCUGUCUUACUGGAAAUACUGAUGUUAUGUUAACGUUGGUAUAAUAUGAUGGUGUCAGGCGAGGUGUGACUGGAUUUAGAAAAUGUUCUACUCCAUAUUGGUCUGAUGUUGUUGUUUACUUUCUGUUAAAUUAUUUUUUUUUUAUCUGAGGCCAUGUCUGUUUAAGAAGUAUUGCUUUUUGACCCAUUGAAAUGUAGUUGAUUUAAAAAGAUGUAUUCCUUUUUAUACAAUUGCCAUGAUUGUUCUUCGAGUUAGAAUUUUAAAAAUUACUCAAAACUUACUUUUUUUUUCAUUUCAUAUUUUGUUUUUUCCUAAUGCGACAAGAGAGGAAAUAAUUGUUGAAAAUAUGAUGUAAGGAAAAACAAGGAAGAAAUGGAGUUCAAAACAUAUAUUUCUUAUUGAAUGAUUGCCAUGAUUGUUCUUCAAGUUAGAACUUAAAAAAUUACUAAAAGAUUACUUUGAUUUCUUUCAUUUCAUUCUGAUUUUUUCCCUUUUCAACUUGCAACGAGAGAAGAAAUAAUUGAUAAAACUAUGUUAAAAGGAAAAAACAAGGAAGAUAUCCAUUUAAAAAAAAAAGAAAAAUAUUUAUUAAAAAAGAAAAGAAAAAGAAACCAAAAACUUUCUACAAUUUAAAUAAAAUGAUAAGGGCUUCCAAGUUUUGUUUGUCUUCAUUUUCUGCACCUUUUUAUUAUUGAUCAUAAAGUACCAAAAAAUAUAAAAAAUAUGAAAAGUCAUCGUAGCUUUGAUAAAAGGUGAAGGUUUGUGAAUAUCCUUUUGAAAGAUUUGGUUUCAUUGAUUACACUUUUUAUGAAAAAGAAACUGUUUUUUUUUUCCAGUAGGUUGUCAGAUUCAAUUUAUGAAUCAAUUAUGCAAUAAUUUUAACCAACUGUUUUGCACUCUUUAUCUGAAAUUAAUAUUUGCUGGAAUACAUUCUUUAGAUCAACCGCUAUUUCUACAAAAUUGACGUAAAUUUCAGUUUAAAAGUGUUUUUAAUUAUAACCCUUGAACUUAUUUUUCUGUUUUUAGUCUCGUUAAGGUAAUGUCAUAGAUUGGUAAAAACUCCAAAAGUUAACGAUUGUAAAAACUUACUGGGUGAGAAGCACUGCAGCUGUUGAUAGUCAAAACUAUUUUUUUUAGAAAGGAUACCCCUUGAGGUUAUAUUGUUUGAAAACGUUUGAAAUUGAGAACUCUCAGACUUCAGAGGGUCGGUUUCCUUUUGCGAAAGCUGCAGCCAGAGAGUGGUGGUUGGUACCCGCUGUCACCUCACUAAACAUGGAUGGGUUUGACGUCCCUGUGAAAUACUGUGAUAAUUUGUUGCUGUUUCCUCAGCAAGUAGACACUUUCACAUGUGACUUUUAUUGUAUCUCACCUUUACAAUUUUAUCAACAAAUUAGCAUUGCCUUGACAAAUGCCAAUCUAUGACCCUACCUUGAAGCGUUCAUUUUUAUUUCAAAGAAAAAUAGCAACCUUAAAGUUAGGAAAGCGAUAUAGUUGGAAGGGUCCCUGUUGUCGAGCUCAAAGCAGACCUGUGGCUGUACAUGGAAUUAUAAACUCCUCACACAGUUACAGCAUGCACCCAAUCCAUAGGUGAUAAGAGCCCUACAUCAGAAAGCCUGUAAGCACAAAAACUUGCUAAGCACGAAAAUGCUUUUCUUAGCAAAAAAAAGGUAACCAGCUAGAACACCAUACAGUUACCAUCCAUGAGACUGGCAUCUCGGGUAAUUUCGCGCUUAGUCAAGAAAUUUGCUAGGCAGAAUGUUUUGCCAAGGGCCCAAACACAUUGCUUAACAACUCUCUGCUAAGCUGAAAUUGGCAAAAUACCAGUCACAAAGGAUUCAUGUAACUUGGUAGUUUGGCUGGUAACCUUAGUCUGGAAAGCAUAAAUUUGUUGUGCUUAGCAUCUUUUUGUGCUAAAGCAGCUUUAUGAAAUUGGGCCCUCAAUCUUGACAGUACAGUCCUUUUAAGACAGACAUGGCCUUGAGUGGAACGGGAGAUGUGGAAAUACUGGUUUCAAAUUGACAAUGAUGGUACUCACUGCACAGUAUUACUUUGAAACAAAUGUAAACUAUUUACUUAUAAGAAAGAGAGUUAUAAUUACAUUACUACAAGUCAAUGAUGCAAAUUUUGAGAUCAAACUUUUUUUUUCUUCAGAAAAAAACAUAUUGCAAUAAUAUUUUACAGUUUACCCAGAACAGAACCACUGCUUUGUAAAUUAUUAUAGAUGUUGUGAAUUAGUUUGAGAAAUUCUUUGUUGAUUUGGCAAUACCCACAAUCUCUGUAUCAUGUUUUUUCAAUUUAUGAACGAGGAGAGUUUUGGUCGAUAGCAUUCCAGUUUGAGGUCUGCAUAAGCUCUCAAAUAAAAUCAAUGUGAAUUCCUUUUUUUUUGGGCCAUAGUUGAAGGGAAUUAGCUGUUUGUGAAAAGCUUACCUACCCAAAUUACCUUUGAGACGUGGUUGCAGUCUACACAUAUGUAAUGGGAAGACUCAAUACAGAAACCGUACAGUGUAAAGGCCGGUUUAUAGUCGGUCGCGCGAUGGUCGCGCGACCGAAAUCUUGCGCGCAAUCCUAAGACUGAGGCCUA